UUCCACUUUGUAUGGUUUUUAAUCGAGUCCCAAAUUCCUAUAUAAAACCAAACCCUAGUACACUGUGAAUAAUGUAAUUUAAUUAAAACAGAGACCAAAGCCAUGGCCAUCCCCAAUUACUCUCCAAAUCCGACGUCGUUUUACGCUCUUUCACUUCCUCCCAGUACCCCCUCAGAUCCAUGGCCUUUUCCCCUCUAAACUUCAAAUUCCCCCAAAUUCCCAACCCCUUUCUGAUUUUCUAAUCCUUUUUAUCGAUUAUAUAUAUAUAUAUAUUAAAUUUAUCGUCGUGGGAAUGGGCGGCGGAGAGAGACGACGGCAGUCCAGCGCCGCCGUACCGAAAGGGUGUUUGGCGGUGAGAGUAGGGCAGAAAGGGGAAGAGCAGCAGAGAUUUGUGGUGCCGGUGAUGUACUUCAAUCACCCGCGGUUCAUGCAAUUACUGAAAGAGGCGGAGGAAGAGUAUGGAUUUGAUCAGAAGGGGACCAUCGCUAUUCCUUGCCACGUGGAGGAGUUUCGCCACGUGCAAGGCAUGAUUGACCGUGAAAAUUCCUUCCACCGCCGUCACCACCACCACCACCACCACCUCGGUUGCUUUCGGGUUUCCUUCUGAACGUACACAAUAAAUUCCCAAUCUAAUAAAUUCUCGACGUUUUUCUGUAUAUUUUUCUCUUACACUCUCUCUUUGCUUCUUAAUUCUAGGUUUUUUUGGGAAUAUUUUACUCUGUAAUCCUAACAAAACUUCAAUCUACAUAUAUAUAAUAUCAAAUUUGCAUUUUCUUAUCAAGAAAA